GCUCAGUACAAGCCAACAUGGGAAUCGCUAGACUCGAGGCCCCUCCCUUCAUGGUACGAUGAAGCCAAGUUUGGUAUUUUUAUCCACUGGGGGGUAUAUUCAGUACCAAGUUUUGGAUCAGAAUGGUUCUGGUACCACUGGAAAGGACAGCAACGACCUGAAUACGUGGAAUUCAUGAAAAAGAACUACCCACCAAAUUUUGAAUAUGCUGACUUUGCACCAAUGUUUCAAGCUGAAUUUUUUAUGCUGAAUUUUGGGCGGAGCUGCUUUCAAAGUCUGGAGCAAGGUAAUUGGCUUUGUGCAAUUUGA